AUGGGUAUUCUUGCCACCGUUUCAGGGCUCAAGACCUUGGAACCUGUGCCUCAGAUGUCUCAGAGCAUGUCUUCGGUAUCUUCAAGGCAUUCUGAAAAGAUAGCAAUUAGAGACUUUCAGGUGGGAGAUUUGGUACUGAUCAUCCUAGAUGAACGCCACGACAAUUAUGUAUUAUUUACUGUUAGUCCUACUUUGUAUUUUCUGCAUUCAGAGUCUCUGCCUGCCCUGGGUCUCAAACCAGCUUCAGGUGUAUCUAGAAGAGGCUGGGUACUUGGAAAAGUAAUGGAAAAGGAAUACUGUCAAGCCAAAAAGGCACAAAACAGAUUUAAAGUUCCUUUGGGGACAAAGUUUUACAGAGUGAAAGCCGUGUCAUGGAAUAAGAAAGUAUAACUUAUGGAAGUAAUUAAUAGGUUCUAUGACAUUUUCCUGAUUUGUCCAACAGUGCUCAUUCAUCACUACCAAAACAGCAGGCCAUCUUUUUAUACAAAAGUCAAUGUGACAAUGUACUUCAUUGGUGUACAUCAUUUACUUUUUAACUGGCUACAUUUUAGGAAUAAUAAAUUUCAUUAGAACCCUUGGCUGAAUUAAAAUGGUUUU